AUAAAACCAAGAGGCAGCUAUUUUCUUAAAAUGGCAGAGAUGGAUUUAAAAACAGCCACAUCAACGAUGGAAGCAUUGGUUCGUAUAAGUGUGAGUAUAAUAUGACUGUGUAUGUGUUGUCACUGGUUGUAUAAUCACAUUACGAUACAUAUUUUAAAGAAAUUCUUAUUCGAAUACAGCCUGCAUUUUGAAAUGGAGAACCGCUUGGAUGGCACGUCUCCAUGUUUCACCUGCCGCAUCCAUUUAUGUCAAAUUGGCCUUCCAUAUAUUUUUCUGCACCCAGGAGAAAGGCUGUUGAAAUAAAAUGUAAUUCAUUUUCUAAAAUAGCCAUAACAUAUUGUCCAUCCUCAAUCGUGGUACACAAUCGUUCGUUAUGUUGUCUUGAUGCUGAAACUCACGUUAACGGAGGUCCUAAAAUGCCUCAGUGCACCAGACUAAAUUGCUCCUCAGAAAUGGAGGAAAGCAUGCUCUUUUUCUAAUUAUAUACUAGCGUGCUCCAUUAUUAAAUGUCAAAACAGCGUGAGUGCAGAGUGAAAAGACACGUUUCUAUUUUUGGGGGCUCGCGGGAUGGUCGUUUCCAUGGAGACGGGAUGCAGGACCUUCGGAUGCUGAGGCAAUUAAGGGGAGGAAAAAAAAGGCUCUGAGCGUGCUGUAGCAGAUGGUUACAAAUAGAGCACCGGGGCCGACUAUAUGUUGCAGCACCCUAUGUUACAGCACAUACCACAUUAAAACAGCUCAGAAAACAAGCAUGAUUUCUGGUGUUGUCGAAUCAGCCACUACGGUCGUUUCGUGCAAAACCCAUCUAACCGGCGCGGAGGGCUCAUCGCUCGCGAUAAAAUCAUGCCUCAAACCCCUCCCCUUCUUUCCAAGAGACGCGCAGCGCUCCGUUGAUGCUGGAGUUACACACGUAGUCUGCUGCCAUGGCGCCUAGAUUCCAGGUGAAGUCCAACAUGAAGAGCCUGGAGAAUGAGCUGCAUUGCACCGUGUGUAAGGACAUAGUCAAACAGCCCGUGGUCCUGCCAUGCCAGCACAGUGUCUGCCUCAUGUGUGCCUCGGAGGUCUUGGUGGCAAACGGCUACCCGCCUCCGGAUCUGCCCCCGGAGCCAAACUCCCCAGCCUCCACACCCAACACCCGCUCCCCCCGUCAGGCCCGAAGGCCUACACCUAAAGCUGAGCAGCGACCUAUUGACCGCGUGCUGCGGGCAGGUCCCCACCCGUCUUCGCCAUCCAUGCCCCGGUCUCCGGGAUACGGCACGUAUCCGGGGCGUCGCCGUAAGGAGGGCCCACCCCUGGUGAUGAUGUUCCCCUGUAUCCCGUGCGGCCGAGAUGUUGAGCUGGGAGAGAAGGGCCUUACUGACUGUCUGCGCAACCUCACCUUAGAGCGUAUAGUGGAGAGGUACAGACACACAGUGAGUCUGGGCAGUGUGGCUGUGAUGUGCCAGUUCUGUAAACCUCCUCAAGCUCUGGAGGCCACCAAGGGCUGCGCUGACUGCAGGGCCAAUUUCUGUAACGAGUGUUUCAAGCUGUAUCACCCGUGGGGGACGCCACGAGCACAACACGAACAUAUCCAGCCGACGCUCAACUUCAGACCAAAGGUUCUGACCUGUCCGGAGCAUGACCAGGAGAAGCUGCAGUUCUACUGCAGGUCCUGUCAGCGGCUGCUCUGCCCUCUCUGCAAACUGCGCCGCGUCCACACAGGACACAAGAUCCUGCCAGUGGCCCACGCAUACCAAGCCCUGAAGGAGAAGAUUACGAAGGAGAUGAACUACAUUCUGUCCAACCAGGACACAGUUCUGUCCCAGAUUACCCAGCUGGAGAGCUCCAUCACUCAGACUGAGGUGAACAGUGUGUCAGCCAGAGAGCAGCUGGCUCAGAGCAUCAGGGAUCUGACGGCUGCUCUGGCCGAGCGCCACGCUUCGCUCACACAGGCUCUGGAGGUGGCGCGCAAGAAACGAGGCGAGGCGCUGUCCGCUCAAGUGGCGGAAAGGCGGGGCUUGAUGGAACACACGGGGCUCAUGGCGUUUACCCAGGAGCUGCUGAAAGAGACAGACCAGCCCUGCUUUGUGCAGGCCGCUCGCCAGACCCAUAACAGGUUCAGCAAAGCAAUUGAGAAUCUCGAGCAUUUCACUCUGGCUGCUGACCCAUCCUUCAGACAUUUCCAGCUGGACGUCUCCAAAGAACUCAAACUCCUGACAGAGUUGAACUUCAUCCAGGCUCCACUGGCUCCAGUGAUUGAUACCCAGCACACCCUGGCCUAUGACCAGCUCUUUCUGUGCUGGCGACUGCCCCAAGACUCUGUGUCUGCCUGGCACUUCUCCGUCGAGUAUCGCCGCCGGGGUGUGGUACCGGGAGGAGCGUCUAGAGGCGGCGUCAGAGGAGGAUUGUCUGCCGCCCGCUGGGGCUGGCAGCGAUUGGAUGAAGUGAGCGGGACCAGCGCGGUGAUCGACAGGUUGGAAAUGGACAGCGUGUACGUGCUGCGGGUGAGAGGCUGCAACAAGGCCGGCUACGGGGAGUACAGCGAGGAGGUGUACCUGCACACCCCUCCUGCACCAGUGCUCAACUUCUACCUGGACUCUCGCUGGGGUCUUCAUGCCGACCGGCUGGUGGUCAGUAAAGAGCAGCGCUGUGCUCGCAGCGUCCCCGGUCUGUCCCUGCUGCAGGCCGCUGACCACGCCCUCACUUCCUGUCACCUGACCUCAGACCUCCUAGUGGGGGAUGUGGCUAUUACACAGGGAAGGCACUACUGGGCAUGCUCAGUGGAGCCUGGGUCUUACCUCGUGAAGGUGGGAGUUGGUCUGGAAUCUAAACUGCAGGAGUGGUUUCACCUUCCACAAGACAUGGCCAGUCCCCGCUACGACCCGGACAGUGGUCAUGACAGCGGAGCAGAGGAUGCUCUGGACUCCGCCCCGCCAUUCUGCUUCCUCACGAUGGGGAUGGGUAAGAUCUACCUGCCCCAGCACAACUACCACCACCACAGUAGCCAUGGGAACGGUAUCCGAGACCCCAUCACCAACGGCAACAGCCCCUCCUCGUCCGCGGGCGUCACCUACCCGCUGCCCCCUCGGCUCGGCGUGUGCCUCGACUUUGAGAAGGGUCGCGUCACCUUCUACGACGCCCACUCCCUUCGGCCUCUGUGGGAAGGCCACGUGGAUUGCUCCGGCCCCGUGUGCCCGGCUUUCUGCUUCAUUGGCGGGGGGGCUCUGCAGCUGCAGGAGCUGGUAGCCAAUCGCAAUGCGGACCAGACUCCGGUCAGAAGGGUAACCAUCCAACCCCGGGUCUCUAGUUCACAGAACAACUGACGGCUGAUCUGAAGUCAUAUGGUUAUUUGGAAUGUAAUUGGUAAUUGUGAAGUAUUUACUCAGCUAGAGCGAAAAGCUAGAAAUCUCAGCGAUUUUGUUUUGUAUUUAAUUUUCUUUGUACCAGAAGAUGUUUCUAUAGCAACAAAUAUGCAAUGUAAUUAAGUUUCCAACAUUUUUGUUAUAUAAAGUUUUGCAAGAGUUAUUGCUUAAGUAUUACUUAUUAUUAUGUUAUAUCUUUGAUGCUUGCACUUGUAGCCAGGCUAUAUUGCAUACAUUUAUAAAGCUAAUGUAGAUACAGCGCCACACAAUGUCGUCCUCCCUGUAGAAGCUUUUACUCUGUUAUUUCAUGCCCUUAAUGUUUAAAGCUUAAGAACUCUUAUGUUUUAGAGAUAUAUAUGUGUAUGUAAAAAGAAUAAAAGGCCUUGACUAUUGAAUCUAUAACUAAACUUGUGUUUAACGACACAGAUUUCACUCGUUAUGAUCCCCAACCAAAGUUAUUAUUUUUCUGGGAUGUAAAUGUGGUAAAUUAGAGAUAGAGAGGAACAAUACUGUAAUUAGAAGCUCCAAUUAUACCUCUGCUGCACAGCUAAUCACUCCCGCGAUUCUGUGCAUUGCUGUUUUGUGUUUCAAAGACAUGAGUCUGAUGUGUGUGUGUGUGUGUGUGUGUUUGCUUGCCUAUGCGCAUGGGUGCGUGUGGUUUGACUGAUAACAGCAUUGAUUGACGGUGAAAAGUUGUUUUCUUGCAAACAAUACUUUUUUUUGGUGUUUUUUUCAACCUCGCUUGAUUGUAAGUUAAUGAGCAGUGCUUCUUAUGAAACGACUAGUAGAUUAAAUCCAUGUGAACGUCACCUGCUGGCAGAAUAUUUGCAAAAGAAAAAUUAACUAAGUACAUACACACUAAAUAAACGCAAAUUUGAAUUACUAAAA